UUUUGCCAAGAUGCCACAACCACACAACCCCCACAACCCUUAACCUACUCUUCUUACUUCCUUCUUAAACCUCUCUCUCUCUCAUUCUCUCUUCCGCUCUGUGUGUCUGUGAAAAACCACCUUCCAUGGCUGACCAGACCUGCCAAUGCAAUCUCAAAGGCCCUUGCCAGUGCUCUACUCACCAACACAACCGCUCCCGCCUCUCUCUCUGGACUUUCCUCGGUGUCUUCAUCUUCCUUGCCGGUGUAACAGCUCUUACAGUGUGGCUCGUCUAUCGUCCCCACAAACCUCACUUCGCAGUCUCCAGCGUAUCCAUCUACAGCCUCAACAUGUCCACACCAUCAUUCAUAUCGACCAACAUGCAGUUCACAAUCAUCACACACAACCCAAACAGCCGUGUUUCAAUCUACUACGAUCACUUCUCUGCAUACGUCUCUUAUCAUAACCAGGCCAUAACAACGGAAGUUGAGCUACAGCCCCUAUUCCAGGACCCGCAUAGCACGGUUGUGAUGUCGCCGAUUUUCGGAGGAGGAGAUGUGCCGGUGUCAUCGGAUACAACGAAUGGGUUGGUGGUGGAUGAGAAUUAUGGGGUGGUGGCUCUCAGGUUGGUGUUAUUGGGGGAGCUAAGGUGGAAAGCUGGAGUUUUUUGGAGUAGAAGGUAUGGGAUUUAUGUAAAAUGUGAGAUGUUGGUUGGGUUCAAGGAGGAUUGUGCUGGUCAAGUGCCUUUGCUUGGAAACCCAGAGUGCCGUGUUGAUGUAUAAGGCUUGGUUUUCUUUGUUUCAUCUUCAUGUGUGACUUAUGUAAUUAGGGUUUCUUCUUCUUCUUCUUCUUUUUUUUUUUUUUUUUUUUUUUUUUUGAUAAUAACAUGUGAAGGUGUUUAAGUUUGCAAAAUGGGAAAUGGGUGAUGGCCCUUUUUCUCAUAGAUGAGAAUAAUUAAUGGUUGGAAGAGUUUCGACACUUCCCUUCU